GAAACCCCAGGAAGGAACCCCACUCCCCAUAUUUCCACCUGAAGAUGCUCCGCUCGAUUGGUCGUCUCGCCGCUGUUGCCCGCCCGGUCCAGAAGACCGCGCUCCAUGCGCUCGUCUCGUCCUUCCACGUCGCGGCCUUUGCCGCGCCGGCGGCCAAGACCAUGCUCGCGCCGCAGUUCGCAGUCUUCGGCAUGCCCGCCAAGGGCCACUUCUUCUCGUCGUACGCGGACGCCGACCGCCUUGCGUGCACCAUCUUCAUCGGUGGCUUGCCGUUUGACACGGAGGAAGAGCACAUUAGCGACUUGUUUUCGCGCUUUGGCGACAUCGAGUCGAUCCACAUGCCCAAGAAGCGCAACGGCACGCCCAUGGGCACGUGCUUUGUGCGCUUUGAGAGCGCCGAGGCUGCUGCCAACGCGCUCGAGCUCGACGGCGAGCAGUGCGGCUCGCGCUACAUGGCCGUCAAGAAGGCCGAGCAGCCGCGUGAGCGCGCGCCCGCCAGCACGGAAAAGCCCGAGGGCUGCACGAGCAUCCGCUUUGCCAACGUGCCGUACAACGUGACGGAAGACAGCAUCCGCGAGAUCUUUGCCCACUGCGGCGACAUUAGCUCGAUCUACUUCCCCAAGGAUAAGGACACGGGCCGCGUCUUGGGCUACGGCUUUGUCGAGUUCGUCCACACCGACUCGACGGACAAGGCGCUCGAGCUCGACGAGUCCGAGUUCAACGGCCGCACGCUCCGUGUCAACUACUCGCACAAGGCCAACAACUCGCAGAAGCGCGUCUCCAAGCCGGAGGGCUGCAAGUCGGUGUACGUCGGCAACAUCUCGGCGGAUGUCAACUCGGGCAUGCUCAACGACAUGUUUGCGCACUGCGGCGAGAUCGAGCGCGUCCACAUCGCUGUCGACCGCGACACGCAGGAGCCCCGCGGCUUUGCGUACGUCAACUUUGUCGACACGGACUCUGUCGACAGCGCGAUCAAGCUCUCGGGCGCCGACUUGGACGGCCAGGCGAUCCGCGUCGCCUUUGCCCGCAACCGCGAAGACCGCCCCGCCCGCCCGCAGUACGACCGCGACUCGAGCCGCGGCUAUGGCCGCACGCGUGGCGACCACGGCUACGGUGGCCGUGGCAAGGACGGUGGCCGUGACUUCCAGCGCCGCGGUCGCCGCGACAGCCACGAUUACUAGAGACGGCGUCGACACAACUACCGUAAUAGCUGCAUGUAAAUCAGAAUUCUAAAGACAUCCCCACAA